AAGGGUGAAUCCCAUUUCUCCCCUUGGCCCUACCCCUUACCCCUACCCCUUCUUUUCGAGUGUAAUCCUUCCCCUUGGAACGGAGUUACAAGGGGAAGGGGUAAAAUCCUACCCCUAGGAAUUGGGACAACCCUUCAAGCACCCGGUACGUCAUCAGGAGUCGACUGGUUUUCUGUAAACACAAGCGACGUGAGUUCCAUCAUGCCGUCUUCAGCUGUGGUGAUUUCUCUAGCUUGGGCUGUAGGCAUCUUUUUGCGUUUGUCUACAGCAAAUCGGAGAAAUGUAAGAAAACGGAUGUUUCUCCAACGCCUGAUGAUGCUGGUGAAUCAAUCUGAGAAUGGUCAUCCUAUGUCUUACUGCAAACUGAAUCACAACAUGCCCAUCCUGCGUUUGUGGUUUAAUGUAGAGGCUGAGCUAAUGCAGGACUUUCGCCUCAGCAGAAGAGCCAUGCAUGGUCUACAGAGGCUGCUACAAAGGGAUCAUGACCAUGGCUGGGGUAAUCAGCUGGAAGUCCUGAUCUAUGUGUACUGGUUGGCUCAUGGACUGUCCUAUCGGGUUGUGUCACAUGUUUUUAAUGUGCCUAAAUCUACAAUCCACCGCAUUGUCCACAUAAUUGCACAAAAAAUAUGGAUCAACCUGAAGCAGGCCAUAUCUUUUCCACAACCAGAAGAGCUUCAUGCAGUUGGACAAGGAUUUGUCCAGCUAUCAGGAACCCGUGCAUUCAGAAAUGUUGUGGGUGCUAUAGAUGGAAGCCAUAUCAGGAUAAAACCCCCCCAACAUCACCAGAUAGAUUACUUGAAUUACAAAGGAUUCUAUUCACUAAACAUGCAGGCAAUAUGUGAUUCCAAUGGACGGUUCCUAGAUAUCUUUAUUGGAUAUCCAGGGUCAGUGCAUGACACACGUGUCAUGAAGAACAGUAGCUUCUACAAGGCAAGAUGUUACCCUCCCUCAGGUUACAUCCUUCUGGGUGAUGGUGGCUAUCCCUGUUUGGACACACCAGUCUGCCUAAUAACACCUUACAAACAGCCAGUUAAUGGACCAAUACAAAGUCGCUUCAAUCAUUACCAUUCAAAGGGACGCAGCAUAAUCGAAAGAGCUUUUGGAAUGAUGAAGACUAGAUGGAGGUCUACCCUUUUUAGAGCCUUGGAGGUAAAGCCGACAUUUGCACCUCUGGUUAUUGCGUCCUGCGCUUUUUUACACAAUGUAUGUUUGGAUCAUGGAGACAUGUUGGAGCCAGAUGAAGAUGUUGCACAGGACACAUUUGAACCUCAACCACAACGAGAGCCACUAGCAUAUAACGAGAGUUCUGGGAAUGCUACGAGGGACAGACUGGCUGCCCUGGUCUCAGGCAAUGCAGAGAUGUAGGAUGGAAUGUGGGAUGCUGCCUGUGCUCCAAAAAUUGACAAGUGUGUGUAUAGCUUUUUUAUGUUAGUUAUGUUGAAACUGUUUUACGGUUAUUUGGAAUUUUUAAAUGUUUUUAUGUAAAUACACAUGCUGCUUUAACUUA